CUUUGGGAAUCUUGUUACGCCCAGGCAUGGAGAUCACCCACAGGGGAGGGACUCUUCACACAUGUGGAAAGAGGAAUAAAUGUUGCUCACAGCUGUCUGCUUCACAGCUCAGGGUCUCUCUGGACAGCUUCAAGACACCUGCGUCCUCAUACCCGGAGUCAAGACGCGCGUAAAAGGAAAUCCGGAUAGCCUAAAGCUGUAACUAAAGUUUCUUAAAGUUUUCUAAAUGUCAGGCAGCGGCUAUAAGUCAGCGGCCCCCGCUCCGAGGAGGGAACAGAGGGGGAAAGCGGGUGAGAGGCUGAAGGAUCCCAUUAGGAGGCUCGGCAUUUUGGACAAUGAGGACAUCCAAGUGAUGAUGCAGGGCUGCAGCAUGGUGAAAGUUCGCUCUCUGAAAUGGCAGAAGAGCCGCAGCCUGAAGCUGCUGGAGGACGGGCUCACCGUUUGGUGUGAGACGACAAAAAGCUCCCUCAAAGGCAAAUCCCAGCAGACAUUUGCAGUGACAGAGGUGGACUGUGUGAGCGAAGGCUGCCAGUCGGAUGCUCUGAGGCGGCUGUCCGGGACGAUGCCAGACAACCAGUGCUUCACAGUGAUCUUCAAGGGAUCCAGGAAGAGCCUGGACCUGAUGUGCCCCUCUGCUGAAGAGGCCCAGUGCUGGGUGCGAGGUCUCCGCUUCCUACAGGAGCGUGUCACACAUAUGACACAGAAGGAAAAGCUGGACCAUUGGAUCCGUGGCUAUCUGAAGCGUGCAGAUGAAAACCAGGAUGGUAAGAUGACCUACGAAGAGGUCAGACGGCUGCUGCAGAUGAUCAACAUCGACCUGAACGAGCAGCAUGCUCGCUGUUUAUUCAAGCGCUGUGAUAAAUCCUGCGACGGCCGCCUGGAUCACAAUGAGAUCGAGGAAUUCUUCAGGGAGCUCAUGCGACGACCUGAGCUGGACGCCGUGUUCAGGCACUACUCCAGCAGCGGUUCUGUGCUUACCAUGGCGGAGCUGCGAGACUUCCUGGGAGACCAGGGAGAGGACGCCUCUCUGAAUAGAGCACGAAAUCUCAUACUCGCCUAUGAGUUUGAUGACUUGGCUCAGAAGAAGAUGUGCAUGACAAAGAAUGGUUUCAUUACCUACAUGCUAUCGAUGGAAAACGACGCCUUUAACCCCGAACAUGGUCAGAUCUAUCAGGACAUGACCCAGCCCCUGGCGCACUACUUCAUCUCCUCAUCACACAACACCUACCUCACCAAGGACCAGGUGACGGGCGCCAGCAGCACAGAGCCUUACAUCCGGGCUCUGAAUCAGGGCUGCCGCUGUGUGGAGCUGGAUUGCUGGGAUGGAGAUAAAGGCGAGCCUGCCAUUUACCACGGCCACACCCUCACCUCCAAGGUUCCUUUUAAGGAGGUCAUUGAAACCAUCAACCAGUACGCCUUUAAGGCGUCCCCGUACCCCCUGAUCCUCUCCCUGGAGAACCACUGCUCUGUGGAGCAGCAGGCUGUCAUGGCUAAACACCUUCGCACCAUUCUGGGGAAGAAGCUGCUAACCAAGCCUCUCAGCGACCUGCCCCUGAAAGAGCUUCCUUCCCCUGAAGAGCUUAAGGGGCGGAUCUUGGUAAAGGGGAAGAGGCACACUCCUCACCUUGGUCAGCUGGAAAAGAACGCAAGCUUCCCCAGCUUCUCCUCAAGCUUUGAGGAUGAACAAGGAAGCAUGAACAAGAACACGCCGAAGGGCGAUCCUGCAAAGGUCUGUUCCAAGCUGAGCCCCGAGCUUUCAAAGCUGGUGGUGUACUGCAAGAGCGUCUCCUUCCGAGGGUUUGAAAGUGCAUCUAAAUGCACCCCGGAUGAAAUGUCCUCUUUCUCUGAAAACGAGGCGCUCAGACUCAUCAAAGACUCUGGGAAGCUUUUUGUGCAGCACAACUGCAAGCAGCUGAGCCGGAUCUACCCCUCUGGCCAGCGCCUCCAGUCAUCCAACUUUGAUCCUCAGGAAAUGUGGAACGGCGGCUGCCACAUGGUGGCUCUUAACUUCCAGACCCCCGGGGAGCAAAUGGACCUCAACCAGGGUCGCUUCCUCCCCAAUGGCCGCUGUGGCUAUAUUCUGAAGCCCAGCUUUAUGCGCAGCCCGACGUCCAACUUUAACCCGGAGAACACAGGCGGAGGCCCCGGGCACACCCCCACCCAGCUGACCAUCAAAAUCAUAUCUGCUCAACAACUGCCAAAAACAAAUAUAGAGAAAGCCAGCUCCAUCGUAGACCCGCAGGUGGUGGUAGAAAUCCAUGGAGUGCCCAUCGAUAAGGCGAGAAAUAAAACCCAGCGCAUUGACAACAACGGUUUCAACCCAAGAUGGGACUGCACUCUAAGCUUCCAGCUGCAGGUCCCUGAACUGGCUCUGGUGCGCUUUGUUGUUCAUGAUCACGACCACACUGCCAAGAACGACUUCGUGGGACAGUUCACGUUGCCUUUCACAAGCCUCCGCACAGGGUAUCGACAUGUUCACCUACUGAAGGCAGAUGGUUCCAGUCUGUCCCCAGCAACGCUCUUUAUCCAUGUAAAAGUGAUCCGCAGGGAAGUUCCUGUCAAGACUGUGGCACAGCGAAUGGCCUUGGCGAAGGGCAAAGUGUGAACCAGACAAAUAUACAUUUUUCAAGAUGCAAAUCUUCAGAAUAAAUGCUUUUUCAUGGAAGAGCAUUUAAUCUGGGGGGGUUGCUGCUGCUACUGUUAUCCCCUCUCCUCACCAAGACCUCAAGUGGUCCAUUUCUGAUCAGCUGCUGCAAAUUCCCAGAAGGAAGAUCUUUGGGAAAGAUGAAGAGGAUAGAUGACUCUCAGAUGCACUGUGAAAAAAAAAAAGACUGAGGCUUAUAAAAGCAUCCUUAGUAGGCACUAAUGUUUUACUGCUGAAUCUUAAAGACUUCUCCAUAGAGGAAAUUUGUUAGUACAUUUUUUGUAAUGUAAAUUUCCAAAAUGCAACAUUUUUUAUUUUCUGAUUUUAGAGGAUGAGAGAGAUAAGAAACAGAGCACUUUAUCAUCAGAUGCUACGGUGCUGUACAAAGGAAGCUAGCCAGAAAAUAGCUCUGACUUAAAAAGUAUACUUUUUUGUAUCUUAACUCUGUUUUAUGAUUCACAUGUAUUAAUCUCUUAACUUUUUUUAAUGAAGUCUUAGAUUUUAUUCAGUCCGUCUUACCUAAAAGUGAUUUUAAUAUGUAGAUAAUAUUUAUCUGAACUUGAUUAGUAGUUGUGGCGUAUCUGCCCGAGUGUCAUUUCACAUAUUGAAAUAAGUAUUAACUGAAGUAGUGUUGAAUGAGCGUGUUGAGUCCAUGUCUCAGGUUUAAUGGUAAACUACUGUUUUUUUGUUCCCCCCCUCAAGUUUAUGUUCUCAUGUAAUGCUAAGAGCAACAAAUGUUCACAAACUCUGACCGUAAAAGGUUUAUUUUAUUUUUGUAAUUCUAACAUGUACGAGUGAAGGAAUGUUGCAGUGUUUUAUAGAUUUCAUCUUUAUAAAGCACAGAU